AUGAAGGACGAGCAAAUUGUCGGCGCGGCCUUGGCCGAAGUGCUUCCGAAGACGGACAAGUACUGGUUCCAGCAGUCGCAUCUACUGAGAUUGAACUUGUUGCUUCUGGUCCCACUGCUGUCCUCAUCAGUAUCAGGAUACGAUGGUAGGGUCCUACAGCCAUACCUCACAGAGUAUCAGCUGACAUAUUUCGCCAAUCCCACUGGAGUAAAGCUUGGAGACGUCAAUGCUGCGCAAUCCAUUGGAUCUGUACUGGCUCUGCCCAUUGUCGGCUAUCUGGCGGAUCGCUUCGGUCGAAAGCCGGUCCUCCUUUCGGGCAUCAUCCUCAUCAUCAUGGCUACGAUCGUCCAGUCCACCUCAGUCAACUUGCCCAUGUUCAUCGUCUCGCGUUUGCUCGUAGGGUUCGGCGGCAUGUUCGUUGUACACCCUAGUCCAAUGCUCAUUGCCGAGUUGGCCUACCCGACGCAUCGCGGGAAGUAUACCUCGGCGUUUUGGACCACGUAUUAUCUCGGCGCGAUUCUGUCAUCCUGGGCGACUUUCGGAUGCCAAGACUACCAGACCGAGUGGGCAUGGCGGAUCCCCUCCAUCCUUCAAGCCGGAUUCCCGCUGGUUCAGCUUUGCUUCUUCGCCUGGGUUCCCGAAUCUCCCAGAUGGCUGAUUGCAAGCGAAAGAACGGCAGAAGCUGCCGCGAUCCUCGCCAGGUAUCACUCAGGCGCGCAAGACCCAGCGGAAGGCCACACGCCCCUCGUCCGCCGCGAAGUUGCCGAAAUUGUACAGACGAUUCAACAAGAAAAGAAGGCAGAAACAACCGGAUUGAUGGCUCUUGUGGCCACUCCCGGAAAUCGGAAGAGAACACUGAUCGCUGUUUGCGUCGGAGCCUUCGCCCAAUGGAACGGGAUCGGUGUGGUGUCGUAUUAUCUCACUCUCGUCCUCAACACCGUCGGCAUCACGGACACCUUUACUCAGACACUGGUCAACGGCUUGCUGCAAAUCUUCAAUUUUGGUGCAGCCCUCGGCGCCGCGUUCCUCGUCGACCGCCUCGGUCGCCGGACCCUAUUUCUGUGGUCCAGGGCGGGCAUGUUGGCCAGCUACAUUGUCUGGACGGCCUGUUCGGCAGUGAACACCGAGACCGGAUCCAAGCCUGCCGGCAUCGUAGUUGUGGCUUGUCUAUUCACCUUUUACUUCCACUACGAUAACUCCCCCACCCUAUAUCCGAACCACCCCCACAUCCGAACCACCAUCAUCACCACCAUCGCCACCACCAUCACCACUUAUUUCACCAUCUCUGCCGCCCACCCAUAUGCAACUUUCGGCCUCGCUAGGCAAUUUAGAUGCCCUAGAUUCAUCCAGACUAUCUAUAUUGCCGGGAUCCAGACUUCAGGCCUAGAUUAUAUCCUCUAUAGUAGCAAAGGUGCUGUUAGGAGAUAA